GGAGGGUGCAGUCGCGAGACGUGAGAGUCGCGCGCUGGGGUUGCGAGCUGCGUGCGCGCGUGGCCCAGCAGCAGCUUCUCUGCCUUCCCUUGAUCGUCCCGCUGCUCUUGCAAAAAUGCUACGUUUGCCAACAGUGCUUCGUCAGGUGAGGCCGGUGUCCAGAGCACUUGCCCCACACCUUACAAGAGCCUAUGCAAAAGAUGUCAAAUUUGGAGCAGACGCGAGAGCGCUCAUGCUGCAAGGCGUGGACCUGCUUGCUGAUGCUGUGGCUGUCACCAUGGGACCAAAGGGGAGAACAGUAAUCAUUGAACAGAGCUGGGGAAGCCCUAAGGUGACAAAAGAUGGUGUGACAGUAGCCAAGGCCAUUGACUUGAAGGACAAGUACAAAAACAUUGGAGCCAAACUGGUUCAGGAUGUUGCCAACAAUACCAAUGAAGAGGCUGGAGAUGGUACCACAACCGCAACAGUAUUGGCACGGUCAAUUGCAAAGGAAGGAUUUGAAAAGAUCAGUAAAGGAGCAAAUCCAGUGGAAAUUAGGAGAGGAGUGAUGCUAGCUGUAGAUGCUGCAAUUAAUGAAUUAAAGAAAUUGUCCAAACCAGUCACAACUCCCGAAGAAAUUGCUCAGGUUGCAACAAUAUCCGCAAAUGGAGAUAAGGAAAUUGGCAACAUAAUCUCUGAUGCAAUGAAAAAGGUUGGACGAAAGGGUGUUAUAACAGUUAAGGAUGGGAAAACUUUGAAUGAUGAGCUAGAAAUCAUUGAAGGUAUGAAGUUUGAUAGAGGCUACAUUUCUCCUUAUUUCAUCAAUACAGCUAAAGGACAGAAAUGUGAAUUCCAAGAUGCCUAUGUGUUAAUUAGUGAAAAGAAGAUCUCCAAUGUUCAGUCAAUAGUACCAGCUCUUGAAAUUGCCAAUAAUCACCGUAAGCCGUUAGUUAUUAUUGCUGAAGAUGUUGACGGAGAAGCCCUCAGUACACUUGUAUUAAACAGACUGAAGGUUGGCCUGCAGGUUGUUGCAGUGAAAGCACCCGGGUUUGGUGACAAUAGAAAAAACCAGCUUAAAGACAUGGCCAUUGCUACUGGUGGUGCUGUUUUUGGGGAAGAAGGUUUGACCUUAAAUGUGGAAGAUGUUCAGCCUCAUGACUUUGGCAAAGUUGGAGAGGUCAUUGUGACGAAAGACGACUGCUUACUACUUAAAGGGAAAGGGGAUAAAUCUCAAAUUGAAAAGCGUGUUCAAGAAAUAAUUGAACAACUAGAAGUUACAACCAGUGAAUAUGAGAAGGAAAAGCUGAAUGAGCGCCUGGCUAAACUUUCGGAUGGAGUAGCUGUAUUGAAGGUUGGAGGAACAAGUGAUGUUGAAGUAAAUGAAAAGAAAGACCGAGUCACGGAUGCCCUCAACGCCACUCGUGCAGCUGUGGAAGAAGGCAUUGUUCUCGGUGGCGGCUGUGCAUUACUUCGGUGUAUUCCAGCACUAGAUGCUUUGACUCCAGCCAAUGAAGAUCAGAAAAUUGGCAUAGACAUCAUCAAAAGGACACUGAAAAUUCCAGCAAUGACGAUUGCUAAAAAUGCAGGCGUUGAAGGAUCACUAAUAGUAGAGAAAAUCAUGCAGAGUGAGCAUGACGUUGGCUAUGAUGCCAUGCUUGGCGACUUUGUGAACAUGGUAGAACGAGGCAUCAUUGAUCCAACCAAGGUUGUAAGGACAGCCCUGAUGGAUGCGGCAGGCGUUGCUUCCCUUCUGUCUACAGCUGAAGCCGUGGUCACCGAAAUACCCAAAGAGGAGAAGGAGCCUGCCAUGGGAGGGAUGGGAGGCGGCAUGGGAGGGAUGGGAGGCGGCAUGUUCUAAUCCUGGAUGACAUGGAAGCAUAUCAUGAACUAAGAGGGCCUUGACAGGUUAAGUAAACGUCAGGUCAGUGAGAGUGGGAUGGAUAAGUGGCUGCAGAAGGGGCGGUGUUGAAAGAAUCACUGUAACAUUUGUUGCUGGAUUUGGGUUGGCACAUGUUCAUGCCUACAGAUAAUUUAUUUUGUACUCUUAAUAAAGACAUUUCUACAUUCCUGAUACUGGGUGCAAGAUCCAUGUACCAAUGCUGUGCUCCGAACCUAAACCAGUGAAAGCACUUGCCAUUCUGUUAAAAUCAGAUUUUAUUGGUGCCUGCUGUCACUAGGAAAUGCAGAAGCCAUUGUGUGCAAGGCUCGAUAAAAAUUGUGUACAAAAUAGAGAAAUAUACAAUUAUGUGACAACUUUCUGUAAUAAAAGAUUGCUGAAACUCAUGAAA